CACAUGCAUUGAUUGCUUUCUCUCCCAGACUCUUAAAACAGGGCAUGAGGUUAGGGCUAAUAUCUGGAACCAGGAGAACCACACGUUCAAAUAUGUUUGUGCUCUGUUAUCACUUCCAUUGUUCCUGUAAGCAUGUCCUGAGGCACAAGGGUUGGGGUUGCAUGAGAAAAAUGUAUAUGAAUUUAUGAAGUCCCAAAAGCAGCUCAGAUUUCCACAUUACUCUAGCAAAGUCAUUAUGUAACCCAAGAUAUUUGGCCUUUGUGGCGGCGGGGGCGUGGUCGAGCAUUCGUCCGGAGAGAGAGAAAGCAGUAAGGGUGCAUACACCUGAGCCUGGUAAUGACUAAAACCUGUUUUCUAAUUGCAGUAAGCAUUGGGGAGAGCGAUAAAGAGUGACCACACCAGAGACCAAGGGAGAGAGACCCGUCUGAAAGAGACUGUUGUGUUUAAAGUGGAAAUGUGUACUGCUGAAAAGCCCUUUUGAGUUGUUAUUAAAAAUCAUACCUUUGAGUUGAAGAACCCAGUUCCCGUGUCCUCCCUUCCCUCCCUACAUCAAGUCCUUUACUCUGGUGCUGAAACCUGGGAAAUUGGAGGAAGUACGCAGUCAUGGAGUACUCGCAGUUUGCCGAAGUCCUCAAGUCCCUCGCCGGUCUGCACCACACCCACCAUCAGGCCCUGCUUGAGCUACGCCAAGACCAAGAUCGUCGCUUCCAUGAGAUCCUCCAAGUUCAAGCAGAGGACCGGCAUGUGAUCCAGAGCCUCCUCAGCCAGGAGAAAGCCCCGGCCGAGACCCCGGACACAGCAGCCCCGGCCGCUCUCAUGAAGAUGGGGGCAGAGGAUGAUCCAGAGGCCUUCUUGGAUAUUUUUGAGCGGACAGCCGAGAUCUGGGGCUGGCCGCGUGCUCAGUGGGCGGCCACGCUCAUUCCCUUGUUGUCUGGGGAAGCCCAACUCGCGGCACAACAACUGCCGGCGGCAAGCCUCCUGGUUUAUGACGACCUGAGGAAGACCAUCUUGCAGUGGGUUGGCCGCAGCCCUGAGCAGUACAGACAGCUUUUCCGCUCGAUGAAGUUGGAGGGUAGCGGUCGACCAUUUGCCUUCAUCCAACGGCUCCGGGACGCCUGCCAGAAGUGGCUGCCGGCGGAGGACUGUGACGUCGAGGGAGUGAUCGACCAGGUGGUGCUGGAGCAGCUGAUCCAUCGGCUACCAAAAGGAAUGGCGGAGUGGGUCCAGUACCACCGCCCGGUGUCACUGGAGGAGGCUGUCCAACUGGCGGAGGACCAUUUGUCGGCAUACCAGAGGGCGGAAGAGCCCUCCCACUCUCUCUCCCCUCCCCCUAUGUUUUCCCCGAUCUCCCCCCCGUCCACUCUGCUCUCUCCCAACAGCCCAUCCCAGUACCCCGGAGGUGUGGAAUCCCGCUGCCGAAGCCGGUUCCCCAUUCGUGGGGGUUUGUUCCCCUCCAGGGGACUUCAUUGCCUCAUUGCUCUCCCCCUCAGGUGGAUGUACCCGCCGGCACAGGUGUGGGCGUAGUGCCUGGGCCAGCCUGCUGGAGUUGCAGGGAUCCGGGACACUUCCGGGAUCAAUGCCCCGUGAUGAGGCUGGGAACUGUAGUCCAGAUCCCCAACACUCCACGGGCUGCCCUGAUCGAGCCGGAGCAUACAGA